CUUACGCUAGUUACUAACCUGUACUGACGCGGCAGUCCAAAGGCUGGCGGAAGUGCUCCGAGUUGUUGCCGGAAGUGGGAAAGGAAAGGCUGUAAUGGCGGCUGCUACUCUGGUCGAGAAGGUGCCGGGGAACGGCGCAGAAGAGCAGCAGCCCCCACUGGGGCCCGAGGAGCUAGCCGCCCAGAAGCGCGAACAGAGACUGCGCAAAUUCCGGGAACUGCAUCUGAAGCGGAAUGAAGCUCGUAAAUUAAAUCACCAGGAAGUUGUUGAAGAAGAUAAAAGACUUAAGUUACCUGCAAAUUGGGAAGCCAAAAAAGCUCGUUUGGAGUGGGAACUACAAGAAGAAGAAAAGAAAAAGGAAUGUGCAGCAAGAGGGGAAGACUAUGAGAAAGUGAAAUUGUUAGAGAUCAGUGCAGAAGAUGCAGAAAGAUGGGAGAGGAAGAAGAGGAGGAAAAACCCCGAUCUGGGAUUUUCAGAUUAUGCUGCUGCCCAGCUUCGUCAGUAUCAUCGGCUGACCAAACAGAUCAAACCAGACAUGGAAACGUAUGAGAGACUGAGAGAAAAGCAUGGAGAAGAGUUUUUUCCAACAUCCAACAGUCUUCUUCAUGGAACACACGUGCCUUCCACAGAGGAAAUUGAUAGAAUGGUGGUAGAUCUGGAAAAACAAAUUGAAAAACGAGACAAAUAUAGCCGGAGACGUCCCUAUAAUGAUGAUGCAGAUAUUGACUACAUUAAUGAAAGGAAUGCCAAGUUCAACAAGAAGGCAGAAAGAUUCUAUGGGAAAUAUACAGCUGAAAUUAAACAGAAUUUGGAAAGAGGAACAGCUGUCUAAUCCAUUACUUCAGGAACUGUUUCGAGAAGCUUCAAAAUGGAGGGGAAGUUUCUGUUAGCAAACUGAUGUUGUCUUCAGUUAUACCAGUGAGCCAGAGCUCCUUCUAUGCUUUCCACUUAGCAUUUAAAAAUAAAUGUUUUUUCUUAAACAUACACUUCCACGUAUGUUUUCCACAAUUUUGUGCUUGGAUAUAAGAUGUAUUUCUUGUAGUGUACUUGUUUUGUAAAAAUCUACUUUGUAUAAAUUCUAAUUAUAUUAUUUUUCUAUGUAUUUUAAAUGUGUAUGUUGAAUCUUUGAAGCAUUUUGGGUUCAAGAAUGCCGGCAGCAUAUGUAAAUGCAGUCAUUGUUAACUUUGAAUGUUGUUACUAAUUUGACAAAGAUCUGGAACGGGACUCAGGAACCAUUUGGGGUUGUAGACUCUGAAGCUAAGGAUGGCGGUGAGGGAGGUGGCAGUGGCUCUUGGAGGGUGGGUGCAGGCUCUACCCCGGGCUGCUUAGGACCAACUUGGAGAAGUAACAACUCUCCAGCCAUGAAUAGUGACCAUGUACCGUCUCUCCUUCCCCACCCUUUUUUGGGGGUCAUGCCUGAGGCACGCGUUAGUUCCUGGGCGAGGGAUCCAACUCUUGUCGCAGUAGUAGCAAUGGGUCCACCAGGGAACUCCCUGCAGUUCCCUUUUUAAAAAGUAAAUACCUGUUGGAAUAGAAUACCCAGUAAAUACUUUGUAAAACAAA